AUGAAGGCCAGGAAGUUCGUGAGUGGGCUUCGCGGACCGAUUCAAGACCGAGUUAACUUGCACAAUAUGCUGACUUACGCCGAAGUGUUGGACAAAGCCAUUCAGGCUGAAGCUAACCUGAAUCGAUACCAGAGCUCGAGGGAGAACCAGCGAAAGAGACAGAACUAUGACAAUCACCGAGCACAGCUGGGCACCAAGAAGAAGACGAACAUGGGCAGUGCUGGUAACCUAAGGCAGAAAGGUAAUGCUAAACCGACGUGCUCAGAUUGUGGGAAGCAACAUUUCGGGGUCUAUCGUCGGACGUCUGGAGCUUGUUAUGAAUGUGGCGAAAUGGGUCAUUAUGUGAAAGAUUGCCCUAAAACAAAGGCUGAUAACAACAAGAAAGGUGAGAAUGCCUCGGGUUCCGUCCAGAAGGGUAAUGUUGGAAGAGGACAGAUGAGACAGGGCAGA